AUGUCUACCAAAUCUCGUAAAAGGGUGCGGGAAGACGAGGAGUCCAUACCGGCAAAUAAAGAUAUUUCAACGGGAGUGGAUACCAUUGGCGAGAAACGAAAAAGACAGAAGAAAGGAAACAAGCUGAAUAGGGAUCAGGAUACUGAAAAGAUUGGUGACAUAAAUACUGCUGUUGGGAAGAUGGAUGGGAAACUUCUCGCCGAUUAUUUUGCUCAAAAAGCAAAACGACGGAACAAGGACUUGACCGCAAUUGAACUGGACGAGAUUUAUGUGCCUGAAUAUGCAUUUUUAGAUACAUCAUCCUGGCAGUCACCAAGAACACUUACAAGUCUACCGUCCUUCCUCAAAAAGUACGGUUUCAAGAAGGAAUUAUCAUUAUCGAAAGCACCAGCAGAGAACGGUACUCCCCAUAUCCUUGUGGUCACGAUUGCCGGCCUCCGCGCUGCAGAUCUUACGAGGUAUAGCCCCCGUUCGAAUUGUAUAGAUCUAGCUGACCGCUUAAGGGCUCUGCGUCCGUUUCAAAAUAAUGAAUUUACGGUUGCUAAGCUAUUUGCGAAGCACAUAAAACUUGCGCAGGCCCAAGAAUUUGUCAAGAAAACAAGGAUUGGAAUAGGAGUUGGGACACCGGCUCGUCUCAAUGACUUAGCGGAGUCAGGAGCAUUGAGCCUCGAUUCGCUGAAAUAUGUCGUGAUAGACGGUUCAUAUAUUGAUCAGAAAAAACGUGGUAUAUUUGACAUGGCAGAUUUACUUUUUCCGUUGCUUAAAUUCUUAAAUCGCACUGAUAUGCGUGAUCGAUAUAAAUCAUCCGCAGGAAAGCUUCAAGUCUUGGUUUUUUGA